AUGACGGCCCGCGAAGAAGAGGACCCCUCCUACAUCGACUACGAGGCCUUCCUCGACCCAGACUUCAGCCCCUCCUCCUUCGCAAACACCCUCGUCCUCGCCACCAACAACCCCAACGAUGUGCCCCUCGACCUCUCGACGCCCCUCUCCCGCGUGCUCUUCGACACCCAGGAGAUUGACUCCCACAUUGACGUCCUGACCACCAAGUCGGCGGCCCCCCUCCUGCAGUACACGAAAGAGCAGACCACCUCCAGCAAGCGCAUCAUCUCGGAGCUCGACGCCCAGAUCAAGAACCUAAACGACAGCUACAAACAGCUCGAGAAGGAGGUCAUUGACAAGCAUGCCGAGGCCGAGGAGGUGCGCCAGGUCGCCACGCGGUUAUGGGAGACGCUGAAGCUCGGCCGCUCCGUCGGACGGUGUCUGCAGCUCGGGAGGCAGCUCGAGGUCCAGCACGCCGAGAUUGCGGGGUCCGGCGUCAGCGCGGCGGCCGCCGCGGCGGGGAAGAAGGAGGACCACCGCGCGCUGGUGCGGUGCUCGCAUACGAUCCUUUCAUUGCGGGAGGUGCUCGAUAAAACGGCGCCCGGGGAGGAGGGCUACGGCCUGGGCAGGGUCGACGCGAUUCGCACCCUCCGGGAUUCUGUCAUUACACCGGUCGAGCGGUCCGUCAAGGAGACGGCGGAGAAGAUUAUCCGCGACUUUGCGAUUCCCAGCUCGGCCACCUUUGCGCAGGGCGAGGAGGUGAAGGCGAGGACGGUAUCGGCCAUGGUCACGCUCUUCCUGCUCUCCCCGCUGGCCCCGACGACGCAAAAGGCGGAGAGGUGGACGCCGCAGCUGCUCCUGCAGGCUCUGGAGACAUACCUGCGCUCGGCGCUGCAGUCGUCCAUCGCCUCGCUCUCGCGGUCGCUGGGCCAGCUGCCCUCCCUCGAGCGCACCCUGGCCGAGAUCGCGGCGCGGUGCCAGAACAUUGUCGCCCUGGAGCUCGUCCUCGAGUCGACCAAGCUGCCGGCGCACCCGCUCGUGUCGUCGGCGCCGCAGAAGCAGACGAAUAUGCUGCAGCCUCUGCUCGCGUACCUGGAGACGGGGAGCCUGCCGAGUUAUUUCUGGCGGACGAUGGCUGGGAAUUUGGGGACGAGGGUGCAGGAGAUUGUGAACCGGGGCGGGGUGUCUGCGCGCACGCUCAGGUCCAACAGGGCGAGUGUUGGGGAUGCUGUGAGGGAGUGUGUUGUUCGGGGGUGCCAGAUGCCGAGUGCGCUCAAGGGGAAGGGGAGGGGGGAGGGGAACUGGGAUAGGGAGGUUGCUGUCAUGGUUGGCAGUGUUGUCAACAACCUUGGACGGUAG